ACGAAAGUAGUAAGAGUCAUAGUAGAAUUUUGGUUUUUCAGCCCGUUAACGUUUUUGAAGUUAGAUUCUUAAAGUUUUAUUAAAAAUCAGAAAUAAAGCUGAGACGAAAUGUGCAACUUGCUUCCUUUUAGCAAAUACUUAGUUAAGUUCAAGGAUCUCCAAGGAAACAUAAAAUAUGGGGAGCCAAUUCUAACGCCCUCUUUAACUAUUCAAGUCAUAAAAGAUUUAAACGGACGACUUAUUGAUUUUUCCAGCGUUUCUUCUAUUUUACCGCCCGUCUUUCCUCCUCAAAUAUUUUGCAACGGUUUAAAUUAUAAACAGCAUUGCUUGGAGGUGAAUUUAGAGUUUCCAAAACUUCCUGUCGUUGUUUUUAAACUUCCUCAAUCUGUAAUCGGAGAUAACCAGCAAAUCAUUAUCCCUAAAUGCGCCCAAAGCAAGAAUGAAGUCGACUAUGAAGGAGAACUUGCAGUUAUUAUAGGCAAACGAGGGAAGAAUAUAAGAGAAGAAGAUGCUUUAAAUUAUGUUUACGGCUACACUUGCGCCAACGAUGUGAGUGCCCGUAGAUGGCAAGGUAAAAAGAAUGGAAAUCAAUGGUCACGCUGUAAAAGUUUUGAUACUUUUUGCCCUAUUGGACCCGUUAUUGCGUCUCCCUCGAUUAUCAAAAACCCUAACAAUUUAAACAUCCGCACAUUUCUCAAUGGCAAAAUAGUGCAGUCUUCAAACACAUCUAAUAUGAUCUUCAGUGUUCAACGACUGAUUCAUGAAGUAAGCAAAGGAACAACUUUGCUUCCGGGAUCUCUGAUUCUCACGGGGACCCCCGCUGGAGUGGGUUUAAGCAGAAACGAAUUCUUGAAAGAAAAUGAUCGUUGCGAAAUCGAAAUUGAGAUGAUCGGCAAACUUUGCAAUACAGUCGCCAUUGAGCAGUAAAGUAGUCAAUAAAAUUAAAAGUUUUCAUUAUAAAGCAGAGCCUUCCUCUAUCAAGUGGU